GUCAAACAAAGCACACAGGCAAAUAAGAGCCCUUUCGCGUGGCUAUAUAAACUCAAACACAGUCAAGUUGAAGGCAUCAGUUGUCAUUUCCAACAACCAACGUCAAAAUGAAGCUGUUUAUCAUCGCCACUGUCUUGGCCAUUGCUGCCGCCGCUCCUUCGGGAUACAAAACCGAAGAGGAGAAAUACGGAAAAGACUACAAAUACCCCGAGAUCACCGUCGUCAGCCAAUCCGACGAGCGCAACCUCGACGGAAGCAGCAAGUGGAACUACGCUCUGUCCGAUGGCACUACCCGUGACGAAGCCCAAGAGCAGAAGAAGUUCACCGUCACCAAAGUCGAUGACUACGGCAAAGAAACCAAAGAGGAAGUCUACGGCAACACCAACAAAGGAUCCUCUUAUUGGGUUUCCGCUUCAGGACAGAAAAUCUCUUUGACCUGGGUUGCCGAUGAGGCCGGUUUCCAACCCAAGGGUGAUCACUUGCCCGUCGCUCCCGUCCAUGUCUACGAACUCCCAGUCGCUCCCGUCCACGUCUACGAACUCCCCGUCGCUCCCGUUCACGAAUACGAACUCCCCGUUGCUCCCGUCCACAUUCCCUUCAACGGCAAAGGUCACAAAAUCUUUUAAAUUAUUCGACCCGCUAACUUAAACCCAAUGUAUUCUCCGUCCCCCAAGAUGUCGAAUGCGUUUAUGUAAAUACAUCCAAUGAACAUUCAA